ACGGUACUGAUUAAAGGGCAGUGGGUUCAUACUAAAAACUUGCAUUUUCAAACCAAGAACCAAGAAUGGCUCCCCACUGUUUAGCUCUGGCAACUACACUCUACCCCAGAAAGACCAUUAUACCCCGUGCCACUCUACAGAGGGAGUCCAAAAUGAGGGUACCUUAUGAGCUGAAGCAGGGGCAGUACCGUCUUUUCCACCAGCUGCCUUCUGGUCUGAAAAUGGAAGUCAUCUACCAAAAAGGUGUGGAACUUACAGACCCAGUUGGGAAAAAAGAGUGUCUGAACUUAAACCCACCUUUAGUGUUCAUCCAUGGAAGCUUUCAUGCAGCUUGGUGUUGGGCUGAACAUUGGUUGCCAUUCUUUUCAACUCAUGGUUAUGAUUGUUAUGCCCUCAGCUUGCUGGGUCAGGGUGAAAGUGAUGAGCCGUCUGGUCCAGUUGCAGGCUCCCUCGAGACACAUGCAGGUAACGUCGCUGACUUCAUCCGCAAAGAAACCAAGUUUCCCCCUGUAUUACUUGGUCACUCAUUUGGAGGACUAAUCGUGCAGUAUUACAUUGCAAAUACACAAUCCAGACAAUUGACAGGCACAGAAAUUAUGAGCUUGCACCCGAAUCUUCAUGGAGCUGUGCUUCUUUGUUCUGUACCACCUUCGGGAAACAGUGGGCUAGUUUGGUGAUAUCUAUUUUCCAAUCCCGUCGCUGCUUUUAAGGUCACACGAAGCCUGGCAGCCAAAGCUUUUCAAACUUCUCUGCCCUUGUGUAAGGAAACAUUUUUCUCUGCAGCAAUGGAGGAUAAUCUAGUCUUAAGGUAUCAGAAGCUGAUGACAGAAAGUUCAAGAUUGCCAUUGUUUGAUCUCAGAAAGCUUAAUGCUUCACUACCCGUACCUGUAGCGCGAGAUCCAUCUCUUCAAAUACUUGUCUUGGGUGCAAAUGAUGACUUUAUAGUGGAUGCUAAAGGAGUUGGUGAGACAGGGAUAUUCUAUGGUGUGGAACCGGUCUGCAUUGAAGAGGUUGCACACGACAUGAUGUUGGAUAUUUCAUGGGAAAAAGGUGCCGAAUAUAUCCUACAAUGGUUAAAUGACCUGAAGAUGGUAGAGACAAAGUGAUGAAAGAAGAUAUGAGUAGAUAAGUUAUGAAUAAGGAGCAUUCGUUCUAGUCAUACAAUCAAGGAGCCAAGAAUUCCGUCUGCUAGAUAUUUAAUCACACCCAUUUGUCGUAUCAUCCAUCAGUAUCAGUUUUAAAUAUAUUAUUACAUCAUUUUGUUGUAAAAAAAUUCUAUCCUUGCAAUAAUGUCCUCCGGGGUUAAUGGUAGCAAUAAAAUUUCUUGCUUGCCUGGCAAAUUUUUAUGUAGUCUAAAGAAUGCUGGUUUGAUCAUGUAAUCAUCCAAUAACAUGUAUAUCUGAGGGGGUUAAUUAUCCCGUUCUGACAAUUUGAUCUAGUAUUGAUUUUGGCUGA